UUUUGUCACGUGGUUUCGAUCAAGCCCGGUAACCACCACUAAGACAACGCUACCACACGUACGCAGGACAUUGCAAACUUCAUUAUGGCGUCUGCAGCAGUGGUUUGUGGUGGUUUGAUUGCCCUGGGAUUGUUCGUUUUGCAGGCGGUGGGGGUAGGCACACACUAUUGGUAUGUAGUAGAAGUGUCAGGGAUAAGUGAGAUUAGUGCCGGCCUGUUCCAGAUUUGUAUAGACGUUACCAUUCUCGGCAGCAGUACCAGCCAGUGUUACAGUUACAACAACUACGUCACCUCUGCGACUCUCGUUGACUUUAACUACUACGCGAUUGCAGGGCUCAGUGUCAUAGGCUGUAUCCUACUGUUUUGCAAUGUCAUCAUCGGUUUCGUGGGAUGUGCUAGCACCAGACCGGGACGUCCUACUGUUCAAAACUUGGGCGGCAUUUGGUUCAUUUCGGCCGGCUGCACUAUCGCCGCAGUGGUUUGGUUUUACAUCACACAAUACCAAGACGCGAAAACAGUGCUGUCGUUGACCUCACUUUUUAAACUCAAGCUUGGCUAUUCCUUCUACCUAGUCGCCGUGGCGGGUGGAGGCGCACUUAUUGCCGCUAUAACCAUGUGUGUGACAGCUAGUCACAUGGACGUCCCACAAACUAUCGCCCCGGUCGGAGCCCCCGCAGGACCACAGGUGUUUGUCAUGCAUUCAGGAGUUGCACAACAGGGACCCACGGGAUAUCCACAACCAGGAUUUCCGCAACCAGGAUACCCACAGCCUGGAAACCCACAACCAGGAUACCCACAGCAUGGAAACCCACAACCAGAAUACCCACAGCCUGGAAACCCGUUCCCUGUUUAUUGCCAUCCUAGUGUAGUCUUUCAUAACAACAUCUAUCAACAUUCUUUAGUUAAGCAGAAAAUGACACUUUACCAAUAG